AUGCGUACCGCUACCAUCAUCACCCUGUUUUCCGCAGGCUUGACUGUGGCCACCCCGAUGCACCAACUCUUCCACCACCAUGCUAAGAAGGCCCUUGUCACUGAUAUUGUUACUGAUAUCGUCACUGUCUAUGUCACAGCUGGUGAAGUUUUAACACCUGCUGCUGAGUCAACAACUGUAUCUGUAGCUGCAACAUCUGCUGCUGAGUCUACAACUGUAGCUGCAGCUGCAACAUCUGCUGCUGCCGUGUCUCUACCCGUGAAGGAGCAUUUCCACCACAGCCACGACUUCAGCGCUGCUGUUUCAACUGAAGCUGCACCUACAACUAUCAGCAGCUCAGUCGAGGUCUCGAUUCCUGCCCCAACCUCAUCUGCUGCUCCUACGACCGUUGUUCCCACUUCAGUUGCGGCUCCCUCAACAGCUGCAGCCUCAUCAGUUGUCACCCCAUCUUCAGUUGCAGUUGUAGCUUCCUCAUCAGCUGCCGCUCCGGUCGCUUCCGCCACCGACUAUAGUUCCACUGCUCUCUUCAACCAUAACCAGCACCGUGCGAACCACUCUGCAUCUGAUGUAACCUGGAACGCAACCCUUGCCGGCUUUGCUGCCACCAGCGCGGCCAAGUGUAUCUUCAAGCAUGACAACGACGGAUACGGACAGAAUAUUGCCGCUUGGGGUGCCUCCAACGGUGUUCCCUCGGACUCUAGCGCUGUUGCGAAUGCUAUUACUGAGGCUUGGUACAACGGCGAGGUUGGUGACUUCCCAUUCAACGUAGCCGACAUUACUCUCGACACGUCAGGUUUGUACAACGGCCAUGAUAUCCUGCACUUUUCUCAAGUCGUCUGGAAGGACACCGUGAGUGUUGGAUGUGCAAGCGCGACAUGCGGUCCCGACACUGUGCUAGGCCAGGCCAGCUACGACUCGGUGUACACCGUCUGCAACUAUUACCCUGCUGGUAACGUGGGCGGCGAAUACAUCACCAACGUUGGCACCGCGACCGGAGCUAUCGCAGAGAUGACUGAGGCAAUUUCUGUUUGA